AUGGCAUCUAUGGCCUCAAGAGUGUUGAGUUGCAGCCCAAGCAGUGGCCCGAAGGAUGGAAACACGACGGUACAUAUCUUGCUCACCAUGGAGUCUGCGGGAACCUUCGAUUCUUGUCGAUUCGGAGGACUCCGAGUGCCAGUCACAAGGCACCGACGAGAUGAUAUCUCGUGUACAACGCCGCAGGUGUCAGUUGCAGGCAUCGUGAGUGCAGAUGUAUGUGACGGCGAGUCUUGCAUUUUCAUGAGCGAAUUCCACUUCUAUGAAACGGAAAGGCUAAUCUCUGUGUACCCAUCAUCCGGGCCGACUACAGGAGGCACUAUCGUGACCGUCAUCGGGAGCUACUUUCAAGACAUUAACAUCAGGCUACGGCUGUCAGACGAGAGCACUCAAAGAGCCAUCUGGCUGACAAGCACAACUCUAUUGACCACCAUACCAGCAGCAGCAUCUGCUCAGCACGUUGACAUCAAAGUAGGCAACAACGGGGUCGACUUCUCCUCCGCGAGCGCGACCUACACGUACGAGCGAGCCCCUACCGUCACAUCGCUGAGCCUCCUUGCCCUUGACGGGAGCUCUGGUCAGGUCGAGCAGGACCACGGACGCACGGUGCGGGUGAUCGGGAAGCACUUUGUCGCAAGCCCGCAGCUGAGGUGCAGCCUGCCGGGGGUCGCCAGAUACAUCACGUCGUCUAUGGUCGAUUGUGUAUCAGGAGGGGGCCGUGUCGGGGGGAACCUGACGGUCGAGGUAAGCAACAACGGUCAGGACUGGAGCAGCGGAGGCUUGGGGCUGCUCGCUUGGGAGGAUACGCCCCGCUUCUCCGAGGAGGUCCAGCUUGAGCCGACCAUGGGUCCCAGCAGAGGCGGAACACAGGUCACCGUCCGUCUGCUUGGUGCGGAGGGGCUCCAGGGCGUAUCUUUAUCCCUGCAGGUGGGACUAGAGGGCAGUGCAGAAUGCCGCUACCAGAGCGGUACAGAGUACCGGUGUCAGAUGCCCGAGGUACGCUCGACGACGAACCGUGUGCUGUCCCGAUACACGGUACCGGUACACCUCGUCAUAGAGGGACAGCCGGCUUUGUCACGCGGAGGAGUAGUGUACACGUACUACGUAGAGGAGAGAGUGUCCGGGCUAUCACCUUGCUCAGGGCCAGCGGAAGGGUCAACCCAAGUCGCCGUCACAGGGUCCGGCUUCCUCGAGGUAGCCAGCCUCACCUGCCGCUUCGGCGCGAGUGUAGGAGAUGGUAGCCCAAGCUCCGGCGGUCUGGGCAGCUGGAGGGAGGUACCGGGGAAGUGGCGGUCGUCUACGCUUGUAGGCUGCUCAGCACCUGCAGCAUCCGGAGAGCAGACGAUGCAGGUCCAGCUCAGCAACAACGGGGUCGACUUCUCCUCCGCGAGCGCGACCUACACGUACGAGCGAGCCCCUACCGUCACAUCGCUGAGCCUCCUUGCCCUUGACGGGAGCUCUGGUCAGGUCGAGCAGGACCACGGACGCACGGUGCGGGUGAUCGGGAAGCACUUUGUCGCAAGCCCGCAGCUGAGGUGCAGCCUGCCGGGGGUCGCCAGAUACCUCACGUCGUCUAUGGUCGAUUGUGUAUCAGGAGGGGGCCGUGUCGGGGGGAACCUGACGGUCGAGGUAAGCAACAACGGUCAGGACUGGAGCAGAGAUGGAGUUUCAAUGGUGAGGGGAGGAUCGUAUUGGAUUAGUGUCAUACCCAGCAGUGGUCCAACGUCAGGUGGCAACUUUGUCAGUGUUGUCAUGGCACACGGCUAUGAAUCCCCUGUCUUGACAUGCAGAUUUGGAGGGGUAUGGGUAUCGGGAACACGUGUAACGAGUACCGAGAUUUCAUGCCUUGUUCCUCCUUCGUCUGCAUCUGUAGCGAUUGCAUUGACGCUGAUAUCAGACAGCCUUGAAGAGUGGGGUGCAGCUACAUAUGAGUAUGUGCAAUAUCCGAGGAUUGAUGCGCUAGUACCUUCGCAUGGCAGCACUCUGUACCCGUUUGUGAUCUCAUUAGUUGGAGCGAGCUUCGUCGAAUCUAACAUGCUGCGGUGCAGGUUUAGCACGCAAGACAAACAUGGACUCAAUACUCCCAUUUCAUGGGCAGAAGCAGCAUUUCAAUCUUCCACUCUCUUACACUGUCUUUCGCCUGUGCUCAAUGGUAAUGCGAACAUGAUCGUGGAGGUUAGCAACAAUGCGAAGGAUUUCGUUGCAAACCAAGCAGCAAUGGAGCUGCACAAGCCACCUGAGCUUAGCAGAGUUAUUCCUUCUACCAUUCUUUCGCGCCUGAUGUAUUCUAUCACAAUUUAUGGGAACGGGUUGGGAAUGAUAAGAGGAAGAACAUGUUGGGUCGGGAAAGAAGGCAUACAUUUGUCAGAGGUUGUAUCUGACUCAAUGGUCAUUUGCAGAGGACAAAUCAACAAGGCAGGCAACUUCAGUAUUGCGUUGAGCAGUAACGGUGAUGACUACAUACCCACCGGUCUUCGUCUUAUUUCAGUAGACUCCCACCUUCUUGAAGUAGACUUCGAGCCCACUGUGGGGUCCUUGUCUGGAGGCACUCGUGUGCUCGUGCGUGGUCGCAGCGCAAGAGGUGGUGUAGCGAUGACAUCUGUACUCUUCGGACAAGUGCAAGUCGGAUGUUCGAUGCUCGCACCGGGCCUUGCAUCAUGUGUUUCACCUGUUGCCGACGAAUCUAGUGUCUCCAUCACUCCCUGCCUUGGAGGAGUAUGUAUUCGUGGCUGGACGGCGAAUAGCACUUUUCAGUAUAGAGCGCUUCCCGUCCUCAUCUCUGUCAACCCUAGCAUCGGUCCUCAGGAGGGAGGGAAACUUGUUACAAUCACCCUGGAGAAUAUUGAUCUCAGCGACAGGUCGUUUUGCAAGUUUGGGAGCUCGGGGAUGAUUCCAGGUACGACAGUAUCUAGUUCUGAGGUAGCUUGUAUUACUCCUCGAUCAAAUUCCUCGAUCGUACAUGUUCAAGUCACUGUGAAUCGUCAAGAGUACUCGAGCAUUAGUCCUUUUGAUAGAUAUGUAUACAUGAGUCGAGCAAAGAUCGAGAGCAUGGUGCCGGACGUUUUGAUGACUAGCAUCCAACAGGACAUCACUCUAGUGGGUGGACCUUUCCUCAAUCAAGAGCGGAUGACCUGCAAGUUCGGGAAGGAGAAGAGCUUUGUAGCCAUGCAGAUAUCCACGAGCGUUUUGAUGUGCUUGAAUGUAUUCUUGUCGUCACCUGGAAACGCAAGUGUAAAAGUGCUUUUGGACGACAUUCCUUCUAUAGAUAGCAACAUAGAGCUGAUGUGCUUUCAGCCCCCAGUGAUCGAGCGCGUCGAUCCCUCGAUCCUGCUCACGGGAGGAUCCAUGCUUGUGCAAUUCAGAGAUCUCCGUGGAGAUCCUCGAUUAUCAUUGAAGCUGGAGGGUGCUACUUGCGAUUGUGUGCGAAAAGGUGACUGGGAGCUUGAAUGCAACGUGCCAAACGUUACAGAAGGGGUCCGAGCCUUGCAGCUCUAUGACGAGAUGUAUCCGGCCGCUUACUAUUCACAGAAAUUCGAUGUGAUGGUGCAAGGCCAUCGACGGAUCAUGGAGAUACAUCCUUCUCUCGUGGUGACAGGGGCGUCCCAGGGCCUUUCAGUUACGGUCAUUGGAGACUUUUUCGCUAGGGGAGCGGUGGCUUGUGCCUUCACUAGCACGAGUACGGACGGUACGUACAUGACAUCGUCCGCAGUCCGAUGUCCCUUGCCGGUCAUGACAGAGACGACUUUGGAGAGGGAAUACUUGUAUAAAGUGAGUGUGGGCAACUUCUUGGUGCACAACGACGAGGGAUUGAAAUGGAUGAUUGCUGUCGUUGAUACGUUGGCACCAAAGUCAUUGUCCAAAUUCAACAAAAGCAUCAUCACUAUAGUUGGUAAACAUUUUCAGGAAUGGAAAUCUUUAACCUCAUGCUGUAAGUUUGGAUCGUAUCAACCUUCCUUCCUUACUGUCUUGUCCGACUCAAGGAUGAUUUGCUCGUCGCCUGAAGAUCCGCAACGCGGGAACCUCUCCAUCUCGCUGAGUGUUGACUGCAAGCAUUUCACCAAGUGCCCAUCCACAAUCUCUCUCCAGGUGACCUCUACACCAUCUGUAGAGAUUAUAAGCCCGACACGAGGAUACAUCAAUCAUCCGGUAGUUGUCUCUUUCAGACUUCAAGCAGAGCUCGGAUCCAGUCAUCAGUUGUAUUGCUGCUGGGGCAAUGAGACAUAUUCCAGCAUCGGUCGGACAAGCGGUAGGAGAUUCGAGUGCCCGUUUCCACAAGCCAAGCAAGCGGGUCUCGGGCUCCUGCAAAUAUCCAUGUCACCAUACAAUUGUUCAAGUGAACCAGAGUAUCGGGUACCGUUCGAGCUCAUGGGACCUUUGCAUGUGGAGAGCUUGAUUCCAUCAGUGGGGCCAGUUAACGGUGGGGGACAAAUCACCAUCGUUGGCAGCGGCUUCCAUCAAUGCGAUCACCUCCAGCCCAGCUGCAGCUUCGGAAGCUCUCAUCCUGGACUCUGCUUGAUCGUUACUGACACUGUGAUGUUGUGCUCGACGCCUUCUCAAGAGGCGGGUUACUCAUCGCUGACCUUGACAACCUGUGGCAAUACUGUUUCAUUCGCAAACAUCUUGUUCAUGUUUGAGGAACCACCCGAGAUCCAUCGACUCAAUCCGACGACGUUGUCGGCAUUGAAGACAGAAGUCACUCUGAUUGGCAGAGGUUUCCGACCCAGUUUACGCAUGAUUUGUGUGAUUGGAGAAUCGCAACCAGUGCUUACAUCUUACCUUUCCCCGUCGAGGGAAGUAUGUGCUGUCUCAACGCCGGUAACGGGAAAUUUGACAUUGGAGAUAUACAGCCACCAAGGUUUUGCACCCAUCUUUGUCUGGAACAUGGCAUCUAUGGCCUCAAGAGUGUUGAGUUGCAGCCCAAGCAGUGGCCCGAAGGAUGGAAACACGACGGUACAUAUCUUGCUCACCAUGGAGUCUGCGGGAACCUUCGAUUCUUGUCGAUUCGGAGGACUCCGAGUGCCAGUCACAAGGCACCGACGAGAUGAUAUCUCGUGUACAACGCCGCAGGUGUCAGUUGCAGGCAUCGUGAGUGCAGAUGUAUGUGACGGCGAGUCUUGCAUUUUCAUGAGCGAAUUCCACUUCUAUGAAACAGAAAGGCUAAUCUCUGUGUACCCAUCAUCCGGGCCGACUACAGGAGGCACUAUCGUGACCGUCAUCGGGAGCUACUUUCAAGACAUUAACAUCAGGCUACGGCUGUCAGACGAGAGAACUCAAAGAGCCAUCUGGCUGACAAGCACAACUCUAUUGACCACCAUACCAGCAGCAGCAUCUGCUCAGCACGUUGACAUCAAAGUAGGCAACAACGGGGUCGACUUCUCCUCCGCGAGCGCGACCUAUACGUACGAGCGAGCCCCUACCGUCACAUCGCUGAGCCUCCUUGCCCUUGACGGGAGCUCUGGUCAGGUCGAGCAGGACCACGGACGCACGGUGCGGGUGAUCGGGAAGCACUUUGUCGCAAGCCCGCAGCUGAGGUGCAGCCUGCCGGGGGUCGCCAGAUACCUCACGUCGUCUAUGGUCGAUUGUGUAUCAGGAGGGGGCCGUGUCGGGGGGAACCUGACGGUCGAGGUAAGCAACAACGGUCAGGACUGGAGCAGCGGAGGCUUGGGGCUGCUCGCUUGGGAGGAUACGCCCCGCUUCUCCGAGGAGGUCCAGCUUGAGCCGACCAUGGGUCCCAGCAGAGGCGGAACACAGGUCACCGUCCGUCUGCUUGGUGCGGAGGGGCUCCAGGGCGUAUCUUUAUCCCUGCAGGUGGGACUAGAGGGCAGUGCAGAAUGCCGCUACCAGAGCGGUACAGAGUACCGGUGUCAGAUGCCCGAGGUACGCUCGACGACGAACCGUGUGCUGUCCCGAUACACGGGCCAGCGGAAGGGUCAACCCAAGUCGCCGUCACAGGGUCCGGCUUCCUCGAGGUAG